GUAUUGACAUCGCCUUGUAUAGAGUAAAGCGGAAACAUUAAUAUCAACAAACUUUGUAAUUGAAAAGGUACUAAAAGAUAAACACACACUCAGAGACCAUCGACAACAGAUUAAAAUCUGGAUACAAAGCUGAAGACCACCAACACCUUUCCCAGACACGUACGCACCACUUAUAGCAGCACCAUCGAGAGACGGCUGAUCACAACAAAUCCAAUCUUCGACACGCUGCUCACAAUCUGACUGGUUUCAAUCAUCGGCUGAAAUACUCGUCAGAAAACAAUCCAAUCCAUCGCAGCUUUUUACCCGGCAGUAAAUGUGAACAACCCAAAAUCUGUAGAAACCAACGAUGGGUUCGCAGGGCACCUCCCAGGUGUAUCAUUCAGAUGACAAAUGCUGCAGGAUUUGUCACGACGAUGGCGGUCGUGAGAAACUCGUCUCGCCCUGCUAUUGCUCUGGAUCCAUGGGAUUCGUACAUGUAUCCUGCCUGAAGAAAUGGUUGCGUCUCAAAGGCCGGAAAUUCUGCGAGCUGUGCUCCUACAAGUUCCCUAUGGUCAAAGUCUACCCCACGGGGUGGCAGUACUUUAAGAUACUAAUGAAAACCUGGCUGCUUAAAGACAUCCUGUGUCGUUAUAUGUUGCUUGCUAGCAUAACUUUACUGUGCAUAGCGAAUGGUAUGUGCUUUGAACAUGUGGGUAAGGCAGACACUACGAGUGUCAUCAUCAUGCUGCUGGUAUCACUCCUUGACGUCGGCUACAUCUGUUUGAUUGUCCGAAUCGUGUUCUACCGACGCAGACAUUUCUUGAUAUGGCGUAACAAAAAAGGUCAAAAUCGGAUGGUGUUCGACAAAACACCUCCACCAAUAAUACGGAAUGUUCAAGAUAAAAUCCACGAGCAGGCGCAUCGUGCCGAAACAUCGCGCGCCGUCCAGACUCAGGAAGGUAUCCCCGUCUUAUUGAGGCCUGGGCACUCCAGGGACCCCACGACAAGUCUUACGGCAAACGGUAGCGGCAAUGUCAACAUCAACGUUACCCACACCCAACUGCCUGCUGGUUCCGAGUUCCAGAGGGUCUCAGACGGCGAUGAAACUGAUCAGUAUUUUAGCUGUCCUGAAGAAAGGCUACUGUCGAACGAGAAUGUUUGGACCAUUCCUCAACAGAACGGAAUAAAUAACAUUACAACAACCGUGGGUUCUAGAAGCUCAAAAACACAUAGACGUAGAGCUCGCCAUAGGUCAUGUGGAUUAUCUUUACUAUGUCAUGAUGACCUAUGUUCAGCAUUCAGGGUUUACAAACCCAACCCAAAUGCGACCGAUAUCCAGCUGCCUGUGGUUCAGAGGUUCGCAGCCCAGGAUGACACAGAUGAAUUCUUUACCUUUCAUAAACUCGUCUAUUUGUGUAAGAUUGCUCGUUCGCAUAAAAUUUCUAUCAAUGAAAUGUAUGAAAUAACUGAUGUGAAAAGUAAAAAUACUAACAACAUUCUUUCCAGGGUGGUUAGAAAAGGUUCGAAGACAGAGAGACGAAUGUCUCGCCACAGGUCUCGUGCUACUGACAAGACGGUGGGCUCGUCCACAGAUGGUCAUCCACUGGUCACUCGGAGCCUGUCACUACUAGGUCAUGAUGACCGUGCAUCGCCUACAAGGUCUAUAAGCCCAAAUGAAUUGAACCAUCGAACCCAACCUACUAACCCAACCAUCGAACCCAACCAGCGAACCCGACCAUUGAACCCAACCAGCCAAUCAUUGGUCACUCGAAGUCUGUCAAUACUAGGUCAUGAUGACCUAUGUUCAGCCUUCAGGGUUUACAAACCCAACCCAAAUGCGACCGAUAUACAGCUGCCUGUGGUUCAAAGGGUCGCAGCCCAGGAUGACACGGCUGAAUUCUUUACCUUUCCUAAACCCUUCUUUUUGUGUAAGGAGAAUGCUUGCUCCCAUAAAAUAAGUAAAAACACAAACAACGUUCGAAAAGUUUCGAAGACAGAAAGACAAAUGUCCCGUCACAGGUCUCGUGACAAGAAGGUGGGCUCGUCCACAGAUGGUCAGUCACUGGUCACUAGAGCCUUUUUAAUACUAGGUCAUGAUGACCGCACAUCCGCCUUCAAGUUCUAUAAACCCAAAUGAGUUGAACAAUCGAACCCAACCAGGGAACCCGACUAAUGAACCCAACCAUUGAACCCAACCAUUGAACCCAACCAUUGAAACCAACCACCGACGAGGGUUGAUACUUAGUAAAGGUGUAUGAGACUGUUUUUUUUUAGUUACUGAUUCGCAUUUCAUCAUUGCUUGCCAAAACAUAAAAAAUAAUUAUAUAAAUACUGGAUAAAAAACAUUUUUUAAUCCAAGAACUAAAAUGGCGUAUGUGAGAAAACCAUGUAAACAAAAAUAUAUUAAUACCGAAUAUGAAAGUAUGGAUGUUUAAAUGAGACGAAUAAUGAGUUUUACAUU